CCUUCUCCCUGGGACUGGACUGGAAGCGCCAGGCGAAUGGCAAAGUCCUUCCAGGCGUCAUGAUGGCCGCGAGGCCCCGUCGGUGGCUGCGCGCUGCUGCUGCUGCUCUCCUGAGGAUCCCGGGGGGCUGCAGAGGGUGCCACGUCGGGGCUGCUGCCUCCCUGAAGCGGGAGUACGACGCCGUCGUGAUAGGGGCAGGUGGGUGGCUCUGGCAGAAAAAGCAAGGGCCCGGCGUCCAGGCGGGAAACAUAAAAGGGGGGGUCACUCCGUGCCCCCCCCCCCCGAACAAGAUGCCCAGGGCGGUCUAGCAGGGGGGCCCGUGCUAAUGAAUGCUUCCCACGAGGAAGAGGAAAGCCAACUUUCCUGCAGGAGAAGAAUUGCGAGUAAGUGGGCAAAGAAUGGUCUUAGGCUGGAAAAGAGCAGAAGGUUGGUGUUGAAAGACGAUUGGCCAAAUAUAGGGAGGAAAAGACUUGUUCGAAGCAUCUAGCUGUGAUGGCUAUGCUCAUCCUCCACAGUCGAGGCAGUCUGCUGGAUGGGCCACUGACCUGAUGCCUCAGGUUCUCUAUCUAUCUAUCUAUCUAUCUAUCUAUCUAUCAUCUAUCUAUAUUGCCUUUAUAUCCCCCCUUUUUCUCCAAGGAGCUCAAGGUGGCAUACACGGUUCUCCCCAUCCACAACAACCCUGUGAGGUAGGAUAGGCCAAGAGGCAGUGACCGACCCAAGGCGAGCUUCAUGGCCAAGUGGGGAUUUCAACCUUGGUGCCUUAGGUCUGGGUCCAGCAGGACAUACUGGCUUACUGGUUUGGUGGUGCUAUGCAAAGGGAGGACGCUUUAAACUGGAGGAAGGGUGGCUGGGAUUGCCCAUUUAUUUGAGAGAAAGCUCCAGUGAACUCAGCAGGGUUGACUUCUGAGUAAACAUGCUUCACUUCAGACUGUGGGACACAGUUUUGGGAAAGAACAACUUUAAAGAAGCCUUUUUUAAAAAAAAAAAAAGUGCAUUGUGGCCAAGUAAAUUGUGGGAGGAGGAGGUGGCCCAAAUCAAAGCUGCUCAUCUUGUCUCUUUGCAGGACACAAUGGACUGGUGGCUGUGAGUACUGAGAACUCCUGAGGGGACAUGGCGUCAGGUCUUUUGGCCCUCUGGGAAGAGAUUGGCUUGGAGGGAGGGGGCUGCUGGUCCCUACCUGGCUUGUCAUCUGGGGAAGACCAUCUUCUUGCCUGGUGAUUGUUAAGUUUAGCAAAAGGCACGGGGUAAGCAGCUGGGACUUCUUCAUGGCUAAGGGGAUGCUCCUUGCAUCUUCAGGCUGCCUACCUGCGGAAAGGUGGUUUGAAGACAGCUGUGCUGGAGAGAAGACACCUCGUGGGAGGUGCAGCAGUCACCGAGGAGAUUAUCCCAGGUAAGAGCUGUGCUUCCCGGGUGCUGCCCUCCAGCUUCUCCAGGCAGCAUCCCAUCGCUGCUCCUCAGUGCACCUGACAUGUCCUGUUCUACAGGGUUUCGCUUCUCCAGAGCCUCCUACCUGCUCAGUCUGUUGAGACCCCAGAUUUACGCAGAGCUGGAGUUAAAGGUAUGGGCUGUUUGCUUGUGCUGGUGGGGCAGGGUGAGCAAUGACAGUGGGAAUUGCUGGGUUCCUGCAUGGUUUCUGGCCAUUUUUGCUUGUCAUUUUUUGGGCACCCCUGAAGCUAAACGCCUGCCAAAUUCUCUUCCCUUCCUUCCAAAAACAAAAAGUUCUGAUUUGCUGAACAGACCUUGUAUCUUCCCAAUUAUCCAAAGUUACCAUGUAACAAAGACCAGGGCAGUCUCUUUUCACUCUGCUUUCCCCCACUUUUUAAUCUUUAGCCAGCAAUUUCAAUCCAGGAAGUCAGUCAUAGUUCUACCAUAGGCCCAGGGGCGUAGGAAAGGGAGGGGGGGCAGUCUGCCCCAGGUGCCAUCAUGGAGGGGGGUGACAAAUUAUCAAGGAACAAUUACUGCUCUACUAGGGUGGUUCAUAAAAAACUUUUAAAAAAAAAUGCCUGCUCUGAAGGUCUUAUCUUACUACACUAGGGAUUAGUGUAGAUUACUACAUGCAGGAAAUUAGUGAAAUUUCAUGCAUAUCAGUUAAUAUCUUGACCCUUCUCCAUGAAAAUAGCUGUUUACUUGGCUAUUUUCCUAUGUCGUGAAGGCUGAAAUUUCAAUUCACUGCAGCCAUCCUACUGCCCUACCCACCGCUGGGCUUCCCGGGUCCUGGAAAGUCGGCCUAUGUGAAGAAAAUGAGACUAGGCUGAGUAUAUUAGGCCUUGCCUUCGCCUCGCCCCCUUGCACGCAGCCAAUUUUUCUUGAUUUUACUGCUGUGGUGUUUUUUUGUUUUUGUUUUGGUAAACCACUUCGCAGGUUUUUAAAAAUAAAUUUUAUUAAAUAAAUAAACAAUAAAUAUAAAUAAAAUAACACAAGCCAAAACACAAUCCAUCCUGUAGAUUUAAGUAUCUGUCCAUAGUCGCCUACUUGUUAUCAGAGGCCCAGAAUCCACAUUCCUUUGUAAGAAAACAAAACAAAACAACACAAUGGGGGGGGGGGGACAAGAAAUAUUCUGCACCGGGUACCACCUGACCUUCCUACUCUUCUGCAUAGGCCCAGCCCUGUAGAAUCCUAUGCCAGAGGCCUCUAAACUCAUACUGAAAAUUACUCUAUUCUACUAGGAUUCUGUGGACAAUUAAAAAUACAUCUUUCCAUAAUAAUUAAUUCAAUAAUCUCUGGUUUUAAAUUUUGUACGUGUUGUUAUAUAUCAAUACUGUGGCAAACCACUUUGAUAUUUUAAUGAUCUUUUAAUAUAUUUUUUAAAAUAUUUUUUUAAAUUUUUUUUAAAAAGUAUAAACAAACAACAACAAAAACAAUUCCAAAUCCAAAUAUUGAGCUUACUCUGAACCUCCUGACUUUCCCCCAACCCCUCCAUGGGUCCUAAUGAUCAUAUUUACAGCUGCAUAUCAGUAUUUAUCCAAAAAAAAUUCCUUCCAAAUUAUCCAUAUUUUCUGUUACUUUACAAGUGUGAUUAAAAUCCUGCUAAUGUUUUAACUUGCUUACAGUGGUCUUGUAAAUAAAUUAUAAACUUUCCCCAUUGUUUUUUAAAGGUCUUUUCUUCUUGAUUUCUGAGCUUCCCAGUUAAUUUUGCCAUUUCGGCAUAGUCCGUCAACUUGGUUUGCCAUUCUUCUUUGGUCGGCGUUGUCUCUUACAUCUUUUAAUAAAUUAAUAUGCUUGGAUGACUAAGCUACCAGGUUCAUACACAUUCUGACUGGAGGACCCCUGACACCCAAGUUGUACAGUCUGAAAUAGUCAUUCUCCAUCCCUCAGUCUUGGUAUCCCAUUUGUCAUUGAGGUAGAUAAAUACUUAUAAUCUAAAGGCUGUCAGUUACUAGGUUUAGGCUGAGAAGGUGAGGUUUUUAUUCAUUUAGGUUGAGAGAUGACAUGUGGUACAAGCCUAUCCAUGUUUGUUCAGAAGCGAGUCCCACUACAUUCAGGGCUCGCUUCUAGUUAGGUAGGUGCAUGUGGGACUGCAGCCUUAAUUGGCUGAUGACACAGUGCAUAAAAUUCUGAAUGAUAUGACCAAUGGGCACAAAUUCUAAGGCCAGUGUUCACAACUUGGUCUUGGUUGAGGUCCGUGGACCUGUGACAGUGAAGCCUCUCCUAAAAUCCAAGGACCCAGCAGUUUAUAUCUGUAUCUGCCUCACCUCAUGUGUGUGAUAAUUCAGCAUGUUCUGUGUCCAGGCCUAGAGCCCAUGCUGCCUUCUGUCUUCCAGAGACAUGGCUUAAAAGUGCUUCCGCGUGACCCUUAUUCCUACACACCGCUGCUGGAGGAUGCUCGGGCCGGAAAAGCCCCCCGCUCACUGCUGCUGGGGAACAACAUGGCUGACACACAGAGCCAGAUUGCUCAGUUCUCUGUAAAGGAUGCCCAGGUAUUGUGGGGAAAACUUCCUCAGGUAUGGAGGGGUGAGAAACAGGCCCAGCCCAAGACAUUUUGUUGCUGGAGUGGGGAAUGGUCAUACACAGCCUCCCGCCCAGCCAAGUAAUUUUGGCCCCUGCGGGGAAAUCGCCCAAAGCAUCCCUCUGGCAGUAAAAAAUACAAUAGUAAUAAUCAUAGAAGCGGCUUGCUGGGUGGGCCAAAAUCAAUGUGCUAGCUUCCCAGCAGGUGAGUUGCUGUUGCUUACCAAGAUGGGGAGCGGGGAGGCAGCAGGGAACUCGGCACGUUGCAAACACACUGGCAGGAGUGUUGGAUUGGCUUCGCCAUUGUGUUUGCACCAUCCUCCCUGCAACUUCUUGUAACCCACCUGCCGGGAGACUAUUCUAGCAUCUCCACCCCACUUGGUGAGUUGCUUCUGAAUAUUAAAGUAAACAAUUUGCUUUCAUGACAGCUAAAAUCAGCUGCCUUAGGUAGCUUCCUCAUUCUGCCUAAUAGUAGCAUCGGCCUGGGCAAAAGUGUUGAAUGAGUCAGGGCCACAGGAAACUGGGCCCAAAAACCUGCAGGGACUGACUGGACCUCAAACACUCACGACUGGCCUGUAAGAAAACAUUCCCUUGGCAAAUGGAAGUUGGUGUCUUGGGAGAAUCUCUGCUUGACAUGGCUGAUAGAACAGCACACAGCAGUUUUCUUUUUCCUUUGUAGGCCUUUCCCAAGUAUGAGGCGUUCAUGAACCGCUUGGUGUCAGCCAUAGACCCUCUUCUUGAUACCUGCCCUUUGGAUGUGGCUGGUUUCAGCCAGGGCUCCCUUCUUCAGAAGCUCAGAGCCUUACGAGGCUUACGGGCCCUGAUACGUGCAGGUAAAGGAUGGAGGGGCUAGAUCAACAUUCUUGGCCUCAGGGUGGCCUUAAAUCAAGAAUGUGUGCCCACUGGAUUUCCCCUCAUGGGCCAUUUUGUGUGUGUAUGUGUGUGCGACUGAACCUCUGACCUAACUACUUAAAUUGGGGUAGCUAACCUUGUUGGUCUCAGACACACAUUUGGAAAUCUAGGGAACUGUUAUGGGCACCACAAAAUACCCAUUUCACAAAAGAGAAAUUGGCAAUGCGCAGCCUUCCCCUUCAAACGAAUGGAAAAAUUGCACUCCCCAAACAAUUAAACAACUAAAUACGAGCCAAAACAGCAGGCCCCACCCCCUCAAAAGGGUAUCCUAAAUAAACAGCCGAUGAAAGCAACACUCAGUUGUUAAAAAAUAAAAAUUGGGAGGAGUAGGGAGAUUGACGGGCAUCAGGGGGUGUCUGUAGCUCCUGUGGUGCUCAUGAGUGCCACAUUGGAGACCCCAGAUGUUGACGGUGUGUCAGAACCUCUAUAUGUGUUACUCUAUGCUGGUGAUGGGGCAACCUGUGGGCCCAUAAUCCCUGUCCAUUGGUCAUGGUGCCUGGGCCUGAUGGGAAUUAGAGUUCAAUGAUGUCUGAAGUUUAGCAGGUUUCUCAACCCUACCCUUCAAUUAUCUCUCUAUCAGCCCUUUGUUGCUCUAAACACAGGUUGUUUACAACCGGAACAACCCCCCAGGCAGUGUGCUUGGAGGGGCAAUAGUGGCAGAGGGCUACUGUUACUGUGGGUGAGGGCUUCUCAGAGACAUCUGGUUGUCCACUGUGACAAAGGUGAUGCUGAAUUUGAUAGACCAUUUGUUUGUUCCAGCAAGGCUCAUUCUUUGACUUGGCUCAGCUGCUUGCCUGACCAGCGGGAGAAGCAAUGCUCACCUGGUUAAACCUUUUGUUAGGAACUGACAGUGGUUCAGGGAUGCUUUUUAACCUCUGGCUCUGUAUUUGAACUACACCAGACCCCUGUUUUCCUUUUUGCCAGGCUUUACUCUGGGGAAACAGCUUCCGCAAUAUUAUCAGGUUCUGACGGCCCCCAUUUCCAAGGUAAAAACCACUUCAUGACCCAGUCAGAAUCCCUCCUUCUCAUCAGAAUGAUUUCUGCUCCUUCUAUAAUCAAUCGGCAGGUUCCUUUAGACAUUGCAUACUGAGCCUGUUCCUCUUUCACCUUGUUGCAGAUCUUGGAUUUGUGGUUUGAGUCAGAGCCCCUGAAAGCAACACUGGCAACAGAUGCGGUGAUAGGUGCCAUGGCUGGUCCGCACACACCAGGCAGUGGGUAAGGUUCUCUUCAGGUGCACACAGCCUUUGGUUUUUCCCAUCCUGCCUCUGUGCACACCCUUCCCACUCCCUGUUUCAGGUCUGGCCCUGGCCUCUGUUGCUUAUGUGAAUACCCAGAACAGAAGUGGGGAACCUGGGGCUCUCCAGAUGUUGUUGGACUCCAGCUCCCAUCAGUUCCAGCUGGUGUGGUCAGAGGUCGGGGAUGAAGGGAGCUGUGGUCCAGCCACAUCUGAAAAGCCUCAGGUUCCCCAUCCCUUGUCCACCAGAGCCAUCAGAGGUCUGCAGAUGGGCAGUGCUCAACACAAGCAGAGAUGAGUUAUUCCUUACUUAAGAACUUCGUGGGCCAGGUUCAACUAACUAGCUGCACUAGCAGAAGGCAGCACAAUGGGACUCCCCACCUUCCCAGUGCUGUUGUGCCCAGGUCCUGCUUGUAGGAUUCCCAAAGGCAUUGGGGAUGCUGGACUAGAUGGCCAGUGGUCUGGUCUAGCCUAGCAGAGAGCCAGUGUGGUGUAGUGGUUAAGAGCGGUAGACUCGUAAUCUGGUGAGCCAGGUUCGCGUCUCCGCUCCUCCACAUGCGGCUGCUGGGUGACCUUGGGCUAGUCACACUUCUUUGAAGUCUCUCAACCCCACUCACCUCACAGUGUGUUUGUUGUGGGGGAGGAAGGGAAAGGAGAAUGUUAGCCGCUUUGAGACUCCUUCAGGUAGUGAUAAAGUGGGAUAUCAAAUCCAAACUCUUCUUCUUCUUCAGGUGCUUCUUGCACUCUUACCUUAUGUUCCUUCCCUGUCCCCCCCCCCACCUUCCCAUCAGCUCUGGCUGAUCAGGAGAACCACCCCCUCUCUGGGAGGAGAGAGGAGAUUGUUCCAUCAGACAAGCAGAAAUGCUUGCGCCGACAGAGCGAUCUCCUUAGCGCUGCUUUGAAUUCCGCCCCAGGCUUUUAAUUUUUUUGUCGGUCCUUCGGGACUGAAAAUGUAGGGCAUUAAAUAUUGUAAUAAAUAAAGCCAUUAAUGAUAACAACGUGCACGGAGGGGAAAGUGCCGUGCAUUGUAACAGAACCCUGCUUAGAUGAAUGUAAGCAGAAGGUAAAGAAAGCUGAAAUGGCGCCAAGCCUGUCAAGCACGACUGGCCAGCUUCUGCCGGGGAGAUGCUGCGUCUUUUGCCAUGCUCUGGGAGCUCGGAGCCCUGCCUGUGGCAGCCCCUAACUCUUGGUCUUUCUCGUAGGUAUGUGCUGCUGCACCAUGUGAUGGGUGAGCUGGAGGGGCGCCAGGGGGCCUGGGGCUAUGUGGCUGGGGGCAUGGGAGCACUUUCCCAGUCCCUGGCCAAUGCUGCAACUGCACUCGGGGCUGAGAUCUUCACGGAGAAGGUGGGUGGAUCCAGUGAAGGGCAAGCAGUGCAGUGCGAGGGAUACUGACAUAAUGGGAUGGCACAGGGGAAAGAAGUUAUCCUGGCACAAUUCCCAGAGGGGUAGCUGUGUUCGUCUGUGUGGCAGCAAAAACAACCUAGAGUUUUGUGGCACCGUAAAGAUGAACAAGUCUGGCAAAGGCUUUUCUGGACCAGAGUCCACUUUAUCAGAUGCACAAAGCCUAAUCCUCAGUCGCAGCGACAUACAUAUUUACAAAUGAAGGCGAGAGCCUUGAAAGCAGCGAGGCCAGAGGGAAAUUAAAAGCAGAAAAAGUGCAGGCAGAAGCAAUGCAAUUAUAGCCAGAAGGCACACAGAGUCAGUGCAGUGCCUGUUUGCAACUGCAGUGAGAGGUGACAAAACUCUGCAAAGCUGAGUUAAUUAACGUCUGCAGCGGGACAGGAAAUCAUUGUCUCUAUUCAGACCCAAAUGGAUAGAGGCGAACCUCUCCGUGAAUUGUGCUUCAGCAGACUCUGGUCCACAAAACGCCCUAGUGAUUUUCCUGGAGCAGUGAAUGCAAUCGCUUGGUCCCAAUGGGAUGCCACGUUUGGCAUGCAGCAGAAGACAGAGGCAAAAUGACAGUGAUGUUGGCAUCCCUGGAGAUUUUGGUGGGGAGGAUGAGAAGCUGAAGCCGGGGUCCUUCCUACCCCUGCUGGUAUCUUGUUGAUAUGGGGCCGGUGAGAAUUAGCUUUCUCCACGGACGCAUUUAUACUCUCGGUUACUUCUCCCUCUUCUCAACCCUGCAGGCUGUUGCCCAGAUUCUUCUGAGCUCAGAUGGGAAGGCGCAAGGUGUUUGCCUCCAGGACGGAACAGAAGUGAAGAGCCGCCUGGUCCUGUCAAAUGCAUCUCCGCAGCUCACCUUUCUGGAAUUGACUCCUCAGGUGAGUCCUCCUCCUUGGCAUAGCAUGGGAAGCCUUGGGGGAUUCUCCAGUCUUGUCCACUAGCCUUGCUUUUUCCUAUCAAGCAGCAGGAUGCCCAGAGCUUGCAAAGGAUGUAAGGUAGGUCUAUUUGCCCUCUGGUCCUUGAGGAACAAUGCCAGUUUAUUACAGAUACCCUAGAAGAGUGGGGAGCAGAGGCACCCCCUUUAAGGCUGAGCCCUCACCUAGGAAUGAUCGAGCAAAAUAUCCUGCUGUUCUGGUCCAGGCUAACUGUGAAAGCCCAGUUUCUACAACUCAGUAGCCAGUUGCACUGUCUUGCUUUCUGUACCUGCAAACCAGAGUGUUGCUGUGAAAGGAGAAACUGAGCUGACCAGAGACUGAAAGCAUGGAGAGAGAGGGAGGGAGAGUUGAGGAUGAGAGUGAAGAAGCUGAGCCCCAAACAGUGUGCUUCUGGUUUCUCCUACUCUUCCGUAAUAGCAAUGAACUAUGCAUUUUCAGUACAGCUGGAAACCCUCUCAAAUUUAAUGUUUACUCUAAUAUUGGACCACUUUGAGCCACCCUACCUUAAAAACACUUCAGGGCUCUCUGGUCUGCUGUGUUCGGGGGGCGGGGUACUGUCUGGGAGUGCUGCCUUCAUAGGUAGAUUAUUAUUAUUAGCUUUUAAUGUUUGAUGUUUUGGUGUGUUCCUUUAUACUUCAUUGGAAGCCGCCCAUAGUGGCUGGGGCAACCCAGUGGGGUGCAAGAAAUGUAUUAUUAUUAUUAUUAUUGGUGGACUUGUAAAAGGGUAAAAAAGUAUUGGAAAAUGAUAAAUAAUGAAUUGAAAGAAAUGUUCAAAAGUACUUUUCCAAAAAAAACCCCCCAGUAUCUUUUCUGUUGGGGAUAAUUCAGACUGAAAUUCCCAGGUGUCAAAAAAGGUUAUUUAUGUAUGCCACUACUGUGGUCCAUGUUUUGUUAGCCCCAAAAUGGAAAAUGAGCAAGGUCCCAACCAAAGAAGAAGGGCAACUUAAAUUGACAGAAUAUGUGCAGCUUGCAGACUUAACAUAUGGGAUAGGAGAACAAGAAUAACAUACGUUUAGAGAAGAUUGGAAAGUGUUUAUUUAAUAUAUGGAAAAUAACUGUGUACAGCUGAAAACGCUGGCAGCAUUAAGAUAAAUUCAACAGUGUAGAUAAGUUUUGAUGGAUGUAGUAAUGGAAUACUGAAUGGUAUAGUUUUUGUAAAAUAUGCAGGGAUUUAUGAUAUGCAGAAUGAACCAUGGAUAGAGAAAAAGGGAAGUCAUUGAUAUCUUAAGGAUGUAAAAAGCAGUACUUUAGUACUUUAAAUUGUGAAACAGAAAAUUUAAUUAAAAAAUUAUAUAAUGUGUUUGUGUGUGAAAUGUUGAAAUAUAUUAUUAUUAUUAUUAUUAUUAUUAUUAUUAUUAUUAUUAUUAUUAGCAUUGGAAUCAGAGGCAAUGAACUGGUUGCCCAGGAUGCCAGGACAGCAACACCCCUUUGGGGGACUGAUUACCAGCUGUUAGAAAGUGUGUAUAUAUGUGUGUGUGUGUGUGUGUGAGAGAGAGAGAGAGAGAGAGAGAGCAGUUUAACCUCCAGUUUUCUUCCAGAUACCAAACUAUAUCCACAGGAUUCUCAUUAUGUGUCUGGCUCUUCUCUCUAGGAGCAGCUGCCCCCAGAAUUUGUCCAGAGAAUCUCCCAGUUUGACUCACGCUCUCCAGUCACCAAGAUCAAUGGUGAGUAUUUCAUGGAGGCAAAGUGAGCCAGAUGCUUACAUGCAAAGGUUCUGCACUUCCAUGGUCCUGCAAACAGCAGGCAGGAGAAGAGUCACCCUGUGGAUGAAGUACGUGAGCAUUUACAUGUGGAAGAGAACGGAAGUCUUUCAAUGUCUUGCCCAAGGGCAGUAGAUGCGAACAUGGACCUUGUGAUCAAGUGGAGGCCAGCAGCACCAUGUGUGGCCAGCAGAGGGAGCAGUAACACUACUAAUGGGUGGUUUUUCAAGAAGGUUUCAAGGAGCAGGUUCAUUCUUUUGUAUGUCUCUUCCCUCCGCCUGCCCCCCGCCCAAAAUCAUGCUCAAAGCGGAUAAUAACAAAGAAAACAGGAAUGCAUUUCAAGCAAACACUACAAAAACAAUUUCAUCACAACAGCAAAACAAGAGCAAAUGUAAUAACAUUUUUUAAAAAAAUGUGUUUUGAUACAAUAAAUAUAACAAGAUUGCUUAAACAACAUGCAGCAUUCAAUAGCAAACAUACCAAGGGGGCAUCAGUUUCACCUUAGUCCUAGAAACACCCCUUUCCCUGACGUUGCUCAGGGUCCGUCCCCCCCCCCCCCGCAGCACUCGCAAAGCUUCCAAGGGCAAGAAGGGUAGUGGUGACUGGAAACACAAUGAUGUGGUCUAAGUCUUCCCAAUAAAAUGCCCAGGCCGGCUGCUGGGAGAAUAGAGGGAAGAAUUGGGGAAGCAAGACUCCAGGGCUCCCAUUUUCUCUUCCAUAAGAGCCCUGGGUUCACCCUGCUCUUCCCUCCCCAUGAAUAUUUAUGCAGCUUUCUCCUAAAACCUCUUAAUAAUCAAAGACGUGGUUGGUAGCCUUCCCCGCCCCUUCCCCUGCUGUUUCCUUGCUGAUAGUGUGUUGGUGGCAGGGGGCAUAUAUCCAGCCAGGGCAGAGGGACUGGAUGCUCCCCUUCUCACAGAUGACUGGCCUGCCUGCUCUUUCCCGCUUUCCUGAAGAGGCUGUUAAUAAAUCCAAAUACCACUUGGCUAUAAAAUAACAAUGAGUUCAUGCAGCUGCACCCGGACGCACUAUAAUAAAUUAGGUGCAAUGUGCUAAAAAGUGCACCUCCCUCUUGCACCAAAAGGCAAGCCACUCUGACACCACAGAGGGUGUUUGUGCUUUAUUUGGAAAUGGGGACAUUGCUUUUAGAACUUGGAAGCAGGUCCACCACACAAAUGCGCAUGGAAGCAGAGCAGGGGUGGGGAAUUGCAGGCCCUCAAGUGCCUUGGGACUCUUCCCAGAAUGCACCCUCAGCCUUACUUUACAUCCUUCUUGUUUUUGCCCAGCCGGAAUGAAGAUCAUGAGUGGCUGGGGUCUCACUGGCACCGCACCGUGCAGAGUCCCAGGUGGCCUGAAAGCAAAGUAAUAAUAAUUUAUUAUUUUCCCCCCGCCCAUCUGGCUGGGUUUCCCCAGCCACUCUGGGCAGCUCCCAACAGAAUAUUAAAAACACGAUAAAAGAUCAAACAUUAAAAACUUCUCUAAACAGGGCUGCUUUCAGAUGUCUUCUAAAAGUCAGAUAGUUGUUUAUUUCCUUGACAUUGGAUGGGAGGCGUUCCACAGGGCAGGCGCCACUACUGAGAAUUCUUGCAGUGAAGGAACCCCCAGAAGGCCCUCAGAGCUGGACCUCAGUGUCUGGGCUGAACGAUGGGGGUGGAGACACUCCUUCAGGUAUACUGGGCCAAGACCGUUUAGGGCUUUGAAGGUCAGCACCGACACUUUGAAUUGUGCUUGGAAACGUCCUGGGAGCCAAUGUAGGUCUUUCAAGUCCAGUGUUAUGUGGUCUCGGCGGCCACUCUCAGUCACCAAUCUAGCUGCCAUAUUCUGGAUUAAUUGUAGUUUCCAGGUCACCUUCAAAGGUAGCCCCACGCAGAGCGCAUUGCAUUAGUCCAAGUAUUGAAAAUGAGGGGGAAGAAGUGGGAGUUGUGGGGCUUAGCACAAAAGACUUGGGCCUUGGGCCCCCUUUGCUCCUCCCCUGACAUCACCCCUGUCCAGCCUCACCCUCUGUUCCUUCUGUCCACAGUGGCUGUGGAUCGGUUGCCUGAUUUCCGAGCGGCCCCCAAUGCCAGGGAUGGCUGCCCCUUGCCCCAUCACCAGUGCUCCAUCCACCUCAACUGUGAAGACAUACAGCUCUUGCACCAGGCCUUUGAGGACGCCUGCCAGGGGAGACCGUCAAGCAGGUAUGAGUGGGAAUGCUAAUCCCCACAAGGACUGACUGGCACAGGUGGGCAGGAUGGGGAAUCCUUUAGCUAAAAUUGGCCCCAUCCUAGCCAAGGAACAAGAACAGCUAAGGGAAAGAGUGUGCUUAAAACUGAGUUACAAGGGGCUCUUGUCUCAUGUCAAACAGCUGUGAGUGGACCCUGGUUGCUGCUUUCUUGCAUCUGUAAAGCCCUGCCAGGCAAGUCCCCUGAGUGACCCAGGCCUCAUGUCCUGUUUCCUAACCCUGCACUUGUUUGCGAAUCAGAAGAGCCCAGAUUUGUCUCCCUCGUUGCCAAAGCCCAAGCGGAGAUCAGCUGUAAGAAGGGAGAGAAAAUGUAAAAAUUGCAGAGGAGAGCUGACCGCUGCAGAAACCCACAUUGCUCACAGCAGCCUCGUUUUGGCAUAGUUCCUAGUCUCAAGACCUUACCAUGAUACGAUCCUGGUCUAAUGAGAUAAAACUCCUCUUCUCGAAAAACAAAUGGAUAUUGUCAAGUUCUCCUCCAACAUAUUUAUAAUCCUGUGUGUGCUUUGGGAAGCACUGUUUCCUACACACACAAUUAGCUGUUUUAGACGCUGGAGUGUCUGCCAGCCAUCUGCCCCAGGGACGAGUGCAGGGCAGACACUUUCAUUUAGAUGCACCUCCUGCAUCGCCGGCUUUUGGCAACCGUUCUGCUCUGCCUUCCAUUGCAAACUCCCUGAAACAGCAAAAGGCUCUGCUAGGUGUCUGCACCCCCCCCCCCCCGGUGUCGCUCUGGUUAUUAUCAUUUGUUCAGCCCUUUAAGAGCAGAAUAUAAAUUACAUUCCCUCUUGCAGUUCACCUUGGAGUUCAACCUCUUAUAGUGUCCAUUGUACAGAAAACAAAUAAACAUGCGUGCAUGCUCAGUUCCACUGAGCUUAAUUUUACUUACUCCUAGACAUAUGUGCAUAGAAUUGCAUCCUUGGGCUUUAAGCAUCAUGUUCUUAACAACAUGUUAGAUUAAGCUGGAAAAUGGAAAGCUGCAUCUUUCAGAUUCAACACUCCCAAGCCCUGGGCCACAUCUGUCACAAAUACAGUGAUUCCCUCCUCAAUGUUUACUGUAUUAGUUUAUGGGAAUAACCAUUGCUCAAUAACUUUUUAUUUUUGCAAGAUCAGCACCAAGCAAGUAGGAAGUAUGCAGCAUUGUCCUGCAUUGUUCUCACUCUACAUACUAUGGGUCUUUUCAAUGAGUUAUUUCCAGGCUUGUGGCCAUCUUCUCUUCUAAAUAUGUGUCCCCCUUACAUCCCCUUCUACUGCAACAGUGAUGGUGGCCCUCCAGAAAUUGCUGAACUCCAACUCGCAUCAUCUUCAGCCAGCAUGGCCAGUAGUCAGGGUUGGUGGUAGAGUCCAGCAACAUCCACAAUAUCCAGCCCUGCAGUUUGCGAUACCUGCAGGUCUACAGCCAGAGUAGAGUCACUGCUGGAAGCCUUGCUGGUGCUAGAUGGAAAGUUCAGUAGGGCUGAAGCAGCUGCACUAAGGUUCUUCUGGACUUGACCCCAAGGGUUCCUGCUUGGCCUCUCUCUGACGUUCCAGGCCCAUGAUUGAACUGUGCAUCCCGUCUGCCCUGGACCCCUCACUGGCUCCGCCGGGCUGCCACGUGGUCUCUCUCUUCACUCAGUACACCCCCUACACACUGGCCGGAGGGAAGCAAUGGGACGACCGUGAGCGUGAGGACUAUGCUGACCGAGGUACAGCCAUUGCACGGAGGACUGGCAGGAGCAAUGGUGGUUUUGCGCUGCCUCUCGAGAAAGGGGAGAAUUUUUCAUUCUUGGGAAGGCUUACCACCACCCCAAACCUUACUCCAUUGGGCCAUGUCUCCCAUUUGCACACCCUUCUACCCUGUGCUUUGCACCCCUUCUCUUUGGGGAGAGAACCCUCCUGCUUAAAACUGUGUAGCACAAUCUUCUCUGGGUCCAGAUGUUGCCCACUGGUCUUCCAUGAGUCUCAGGGGUGGCUGGAGACCAAUGCCCAGGGUCAGCUGAGAAGGGUGCCUCCAUGGUGCCUAAGUGUGAUUGUCUAGUCUUAGUGACUCUUGGGUGCUGAAAUUCCAGUUCAAUCCCUGUCAGAAAACCAGGUGUUUGUUUGGGGUGUGUGGAUCCUGGGUGACUAAUACUUAGCCUUCCUUGAGGCAACUCUCAGUCUUUCCCAUGUGGCAUCUCUUCCCCUUGUAGUCUUUGAUUGUGUUGAAGCCUACGCCCCUGGGUUCAAGGCCUCUGUUGUCGGCAGGGAUGUCCUGACGCCUCCAGACCUUGAGCGGAUCUUUGGCCUACCUGGUGGGGUAUGUAUUGGCUGAGAAUCUCUGCCCAUAGACUCUCCUGCCCAGCUUUGCCUUGCCAUGCCCUUCCAGGGCAACCUCUCCAAAUUGGCUGAUACGGCUUAGAUGUUGCAGAUGAGUUUUAACACCCACACAGACUUCUGCCCCAGCUGCCUCCCAUCUCCCAGCCUCCACUUCUCGCCUCCCUUUGUACUGGGAAGCAGAGACAGGGCACUGCUGCUUCCCAGCUACCUUGUCUGAUGCUGCCUCUGGUUUUCAGAACAUAUUCCAUGGAGCGAUGUCUCUGGACCAGCUGUAUUUUGCCCGGCCAGUGCCUUCCUAUUCCAGCUACCGAUCUCCAGUGGAAGGCCUCUACCUCUGUGGAAGUGGCGCCCAUCCCGGUACGUAUCUGGCAGGGGCAGCAACAACGAGGGAGAGAGCCUGGCCUCGGUGGGAAGGGGAUGGCUAGAGAGGGCCAGGGAGGAGGGUGGGGCGUCUGGUUGCAUUCCUGGUCCACAUUUUCCUAAAAGCCCACUGGAUGCAGCAUUGCUGUGGGGUGAGUUUGCCAUGCUCCUCUAAGGUGUCUCUAGAGCCGGGUCUCAGGCUGUGCCUCUGGGGAGAGCAGCAGAAGGCCUUCUUUGCCCAAGGACAAGAGAGAGGGGGCACUCCAUGGGUGCCCCACCCUGGAGUGGGUGGAAACUGCUGGGGUUUUUUUUACUCUUAAAGAUCCUGCCUGCUUGUUUAAUUUUUCAAUGUAUUUCUUUACGUUUCAGGUUUGCCUUUUGCCCCGCCCACUUCAUCUUUUUGCCCCGCCCACUCUAGGAAUGUGACCCUCCUCAGAAGGUUGGGCUCAAAGAGGUUUCCCACCCCUGCUGUAAAGGGCAGACAUUUGUCUGUGCUAACCUUUUCCCCUGUGCUGCAAAUCCCAAUGAAAUCCCUCCUCUCCUCUCUUUUACUUCACCUCAAGGAGAAGGGGUUUUUCACUGUGACAGGAGAAAGGGUUAACACCACUGACCCUCUCCCCCAUAGCUUCUAUUUAAAACAAAACAAGCAAAAUUCAACAUGUACAUCAAAUGCAAGCACACAUUUUAUGUGCUAUGUCGGUGGCUUUGGCUUGGGUCUGCCUGGGAUAGGUAGAGCUUUUGGUGUCUGGAAGGAUAAUUGGAGACAUUCCCUGCCUCGUCUUCAGCCUCCUCCCUCCUGGCUAACGCUGGCUUGGGACUGGAUUGUGAAUCUUCUCUGUGGGGCAUUUUUAGGUUGUUUGAAUGCUUUCUUACGACACAGCUAAGAAGGGGAACAAAAGGAGGUGCUCUCCCUUCUCUGGGUUCUUGCUGUGAGGAAUUUUGGUCCCUUCCUAUUCCUGCCCUGCUAGGGGGUGAGUGAACUGGGUUCAAGGAUUCCCAGUGGCAAAUACCCACAAGAGUUCUACCCUUUGGCUUGCUGGCUGUGGACCCAGUUAAGCUGCCCACCCUCUUCUUGCAACAUCUCCCUUUUCUUCCCAGGAGGAGGUGUCAUGGGAGCGGCGGGGCGCAAUGCGGCUAGAAUGGCACUGGAGGAUUUUAAGAAGCUGUGACCUCCCCAGUAGGACCCUUGAGCUGCCCUCCUGGCUCAGGAAAAGGGAUGGACGGGAAGCCACUCUGCUGCAUUCUGUCUCUGGGCCCAGUGCUAGAGAGAGAUCUCCGGUCUUUUGCUCUGGGCAUUGCAGAGCCAUGUGGGCACUGCUCUUGCAGAUAGAUGGACACAGGUGUGCCACAAGCGUGUUUGCAAAAUGUUCUUGCUACCACUACCACUCCCAGCUUUAUAAAUCAGCUAAUGCGCUCCUCCUGAAUGCUCCUAUUGUACCCAAGGCUGCAGUUUCUUUCAAAGGCUCCGGUUUCUGCUUCCUUCCUCCUUGGGUUGGUUGGGAGAUGCAUCCUGUGCUUCCUGCUACAGGAAAAGGGGCAAAGUUUAGAGUCCUGGGUGAGGCUGGCUCCUGAGUAGAGACUGGGUAUUUUAGUAGAAUAGGGACCCACUGGGUAAAAAUGCCCAGCAGCAGCAGCAGCAGCAUUUCUUCUGAAAGCCCGUCUCUGCUGCCAGACUUAGGAAAUAGGAGUCUGCCUUUGAGAGUCUGACCAUUGGGUCCGUCUAACUCAGGAGUGUCUGCACCGAUUGGCUGUAGCUCUCCAGGGUUUCAGGCAGGGAUGCUCUCCAAGCUCUACCUGGAGAUGCCAGGGAUUGAACCUGGGACCUUUUGGAUGCAGGCAGAUGCUCUGCCGCUGAGCUUACAUCCCUUCCACCCCAACUUACAAGACAGCAUCUUGGCUUCUGUUCCUUAAUGCGCUAAAACACAAACAUUCUGCAAAUGUGGCUCCAAACACUGAACAAACUGUCCUGGGAAACAGCUUAAGAUCUACACAUCUCUGGAAGCUCAGUGUUUCAUGCCACCCCAAUCUCAGAGCGGCACAGGAUUCCAGAGUUUCCAGGGUUUAUGUUUCCUUUGGAAAUGAGGCACAGCAGAGACUGUGGUGUCUUUAUGAUACAUGGUUUAUUUACACACAUAUACAACCUGAGCCUGCGAUAGAGGGGUUCCCAGCAUCAACACCCCUAGAAGGUCUUGUUUUUCCUCAUAGCCACAGCCUUGGCAUCCAGCAGAAAUCAAUCAUUUCUCUGCAUCUCUCCCUUUCCAGCUUGCAGCUUUGCUUCUAGUUCACAUCACUACAACUCUCUGCCCUCCACUCUGCCUUUGUCCUUCUAAGUACCCACGAGUUGGGGGAGGGGCACCACCCACUUGCCAUCUUGCACAGAACCCCUUUCCUUUGUUCCCCAUAAUGGCCCAUUGCCCGUGCUAUCGCCUCAACAGGAAGCUAGUCUGGCUUAUGUUUUAACACUUGCUGGGUCCAGGAGUUAGGAGUGUUCUAGCAUAUAGCCUGUUCCCCACCCCCAAUUCAUAGCACAAGAAACAAGGCCAGGUUGUUACAGUGCUGCCUUAGCUAAGGGGCAAGGAGAGUCGGCUGCUGUUCGUGUCUGUUGACCUUGUGCUCCCUAUCCAAAGCCGGACAUGCCUGGCUGAGCCCAGUCCAAAAGAGCCAUAUUUCUCACUAGCAAAGAGCAGCUGCUUGCAAACACCUCUCUGCAUUCGGACUGCAAAUCCAGCUUAGGAAGUGGCCGGUAGCCAGCUGUCCUCUCUGGCAAGAGCCACUGUGGGUUUUGUGUCCGAGGCAGCCUGAGGUUCCCACGAAUCAGUUGCACUGGCUUUCAUCCAGUUCCAUCCCAUUGAAAUCAAUGGGGAUAAAUCAGCUUAAAUCUAAAUACUCUGCUUUAAUUGGCAGAUGGAACCUAGCCAAAGUGUGUUGACACAAUAAGGAAAAAUCGAUAGCUAACUUUCCUCCCUAGCUAUGAUGGAUUGAUUUCAUGUGAAGAAAUGAUGGUAAAAUCAUUGCCAACGGUACACUUAGAAAAUAUAUGUCCAAAGAUUAAAGACUUUUUAAAAGACUGAG